AUGAUCCCACGUAGCAAGAUAUCUGUCCAGUUUGUGAUUGUCGGGGGAGGUAUCGGAGGGCUUUCUGCUGCGAUUGGUGUUGUUUUGGCGGGACACAAGGCCGUUGUUCUGGAACGGGCCAAAGAGCUGUCGGAGGUUGGAGCCGGAAUUCAAAUCCCGCCAAACUCAACAAGGAUUCUCGAAGUAUUGGGAUGCAAAGAGGCCAUAAUCGAAAGGGCACUGGUUCCCAAAGCAUAUCAUUUCUACAACUACAAGGGAGAUAACUUGAUCAGUCUCGAGUUGGAUCCUUACUGUGCACAAAGAUACGGAUGCAAGUCUCUUCAUAUCCAUCGGGGUGAUUUUCAUAAAUGUUUGGUGAGUAGAUGCAGAGAGUUGAACAUUCCAAUCAUGGUGGAUUCCGAGAUCGAGACUGUGGACUUCGAAACCAAUACGGCCAUUACACAUGAUGGUCGUAAAUUUAAAGGGGAUAUAAUUGUGGGAGCUGACGGGCUGAACUCGAAAAUUCGCAAUAGCCUAGUCGGAAGAUACGACCCACCUCGUAAUAGUGGUGAUCAGGCUUACCGGUCCUUGAUCUCGAUCCCAGAAAUGGAAAAGUACCCUGAGCUGGACUUUAUCCACAAGAUCCCCUGUGUUAACUUUUUCUGGGGCCCUCAAGGUCACGUGGUGACAUAUCCUCUGAAAGGUGGAAACAAUUGUAACGUUGUCGUGAUGGCCCCGGACAAUCUUGUUGAAAACGCCAGCGUGGUUCCUGCUGAGCAAUCGGAAGUUCAAGAAAUUUUGAAAGAAUGGGAUCCAAGAUUGAAGCUACUGUUGAGUCUUGCCCGGGGUACAUUCAAAUGGAGGCUACAAUCUAUUGACCAGCUGGAUUCGUGGAACCAUUUGCACGCUAACGUUACUCUACUGGGAGACGCGUGCCAUGCUACUCUUCCAUACCUGGCACAAGGAGCAGCACAGGCAAUUGAGGAUGCAGCGGCAUUGUCGUACCUGUUUGGAAAGCUCGAUCAUAAAAGUGAUAUCCACAGUUUGCUGCAGACUUAUGAAGACGUCAGAAAGCCUCGAGCAACAAGAAUUGUUGAGUCCUCGGCACAGUGUCAAAAUAUUUAUCAUCUACCUGAUGGCCAAGAGCAAGAAGUUAGAGACCUCCUAUGCGCAAUGGAUCCACCUGAAGAGGGGUGUCCAGCCAGAUGGGCAGAUCCUGUAUUCCAAGAAUACCUGUUUGGAUACAACGUUUUUGAGGAGUGUGAAAAGGCCUGGGCAAAUAAAUUUAACCACUCCGCUCAAGUUCGCUCCGCAAUGACGAAAACCGGCGACUUUCAUGCGAUUCUUGUCUGUGACGUAUACAAAGACUACUUUGCACCAUUUGGUGACCAAGGUGAUAUCACCAGUGUCUUUUUCAAGAAGAAUGGAUUGAAGCGUCCUACCAAGAAAUAUCAUGCUGUUCUUGGAGACUUGCCAACACCGUACGAAUUAGAGCUCAUCAGCUCUAUUCACAUUACUGGAGCCGCUCAGUGUCCAUAUGGGAAUGAUCCGUGGGUUUUAGAUCUGGUUGCUUUUGUGAAAGACAUCAUUGAGAACCAUCCAUCGAUCAAGAUGACCGGCUGCUGUUAUGGCCAUCAGAUUAUCUGUCGUGCAAUGGGCGGUCUGGUUACUCCCAGCUCGAAUGGAAUUGAAGCCGGUAUUUGUGAAAUCAAGCUGGCUGAUGACGUUCCUAAAAAGUUGCUCGACCCUCCUGUUCCUGGAAAAGUGUUCCUUGUCGAGGCACACAAGAACUGGGUGAAAGAAGCCCCAGAAAAUGUUUUGGUCAUUGGCUCCUCCGAUAAGACCCACAUUCAAGGUGUUUACAGAAAGGGCAGAUUUCUUACUUUACAGGGCCAUCCCGAGUUCCCAAAGGCUAUCAGCGAAACCAUUGUCGAACAUUGGAUCAAGAAAGAUUGCUCGAAAGAGUUCUACGAUGACUGUGUGAAGCGGAACAAACUGUUGCCUAACGAUGAGUACGUCCUCGGAUCAGCAAUGGUCAAUUUCCUGUUGGAUGAUACUUUGUAA